ACCAAUAUUAAUGGAUGUAAAUAUGAAUGAAGCGACAGAAAGUGCUGGAAUGCUGACAGUGGUUGCGCUUACCAAUGUGUAAUAACCAAGUCGAGCUAAAUAAUUACUAUAAGAAAGGUUACAGCCGCUGAAGGUCGUCGGUGGAAUAUUUUGAGGAAUGCACUGAACAUUGCAAAAUUAUCUGGAAAUAUUUACGUUAUGUUGAGAAAUGGGGGAGUGUUUACCAUAAUUGCAUGAUACUAGGAAGAUAUAAAAUGUACAGUAAAGGCUUUGUGACUGCCAUUAAUAUUUGCUAUUAACGAUAGUUACUGCUUUAAAAAGCUAAGUAAUCAAUGUCGGCUGUAGGAAUUCUGACAAUAAGCAGCUGCGAAGCACACCCCGCCUCAGAAGUGGACGACGAUGGUCGCGAUGUACAACAACGACAUGGAGGGAGCACACGGACGCCCGUCCGACGAGGACAUCCCCGAGCGCGACGUGCCUCCCUCGGCCUACGUCGCCGAAGACGCAGGGCCAGCGAAGAGCGGUGGCCACGACAGGGGCGCCUCUGGCCACGGGGCGGCGAUGGCCAAAGCGGAGGAGGGCGUGGAACACCUUAGGAACCCAACUGACCAAGACUCAACCUCGAAUAGCGGCGCGACGGGUAGCAGCGGCGAGGAGGAAAGCGCCACCGGUUUCGUCGAGGGCGCUGCCGCAAAAGGGGCGAGCGAACGAACAGCCGCGAAUUCUGAAGCAGAACCCCCGCCGGGACACAACAGUGAUGACAGUGCGUCUGAUGACACUAUCAGGGGGGCUGAGGAUGGUGCAGCCAAGGGGAAUGAUGAAGAUGAAAACAAGGAAAACGUUGACAAUACUCUCAAGGAAAGUGACGAAGAGAGCGACACGGAGGGCAGCGACGACGAGGAUGCGGCCAGGGACGACGAAGGAGUUGAAUGGCUGCUGAAGAUCGACGACUUAGAGUUGUAUAAGAAGGCCAUGGUCCCGGAGCAUUUCUACCUCCGGAUCAGCAGUCCGAAAGUCCUGACUGAGGAUCAGUUGCGCCUGGCCCUCGACCGACUCCUCGGGGAACUUAAGUGGCUGCGCCUCGGCUUGAAGCACCGACAAGGCGACUGCUGGAUCUGUUAUCUGCCGAAGGCCACGAUGCAGGUUCGGAUCUGCAAUGACGACAGCCUGGGUUACAUCAUGGAGGAGCCCCAACGCUCGCACUACUACCUUCAUAAUGACCUCCUUUGCACUGUCCAGAUCCUUGCUGAUCCUCAAGUGCCCAAAACUUCGCGGGGUCGAAGAAGAGGCAAGAAAGCGAACAAUAAUAGUGCCGACAAAGGGGACAGUGCUAACAUGCACAAUAGAAACCCCACAUGUGAUUACAAGUACCUCCUCCUCCUGGCUGGUCCUCCGCCUCUCCUAAACGAAGCUUCCGGUAGACUUAUCAGUGACACCUUUGUAAAACACCUUAAUGAUGCCAUAGAAGAGUCUGUUGCACAAGAACCGGCCGGACAAAGCCCCGGUUCCAGCACUGGUAGUGGGACGGAUGCUAACUUUGACUCGCCCAGUGUUGCUCAAAAUCCCUCUGGUCUGGAUACUCUUAAUAACGCUGGAGGUUCCACCGCUUCUGGAAUUUCCUCUGAUAACGGUAGUUCUGAAGUUUCUGUGAGCACUCCUUUUGUUGAUGAGAGUCCUAAUGGCGGUGUCAGCAAUAACGGUAGUUCUGAAGUCCCCGCUGCUUCUGGAGUUUCCUCUGACAAGGGUAGUUCUGAGGCUUCUGUGAGCACUUCUGGAGUUCCGACUGCUUCUGGAACUGCCUCUGAUAAAAGUAGUUCUGAAAUUUCUGUGAACACUCUUGGAAUUCCCACUGUUUCUGGAACUACCUCUGAUAAAGGUAGUUCUGAAGUUUCUGUGAGCACUUCGUUUGGUGCUGAAAGUCCUAAGGACAGUGUCAGCAAUACUGAAGUCUCCAGUGCGAUUGGUGAGAGCUCCGCUGAUGCUGAUAGUGGUUUUAAACAAGAUAAAAAUAAUCCCAGUGAUACUGAAGUUUGCUCAGGUACCGACAGCGUUAAUGUUAGCUUAGAUAUCGGUAGUGCUACGGGUGCUUGCUCAAAUAAUGGUGAUAAACCAGAAAUAUCUUUAAACGAAAUACAGCACAUUAAGACUUUUCUUAGUGAAUUUCAGAAGGAUGUAAAUAACGACGAUCUGAGAUUUGGUGGAGAAAAUGGUGAAGAAAAUGAGGACGACGAUACGUACGGGGGUGUCCGUAAAUCCUUAGAUUCGUGUGCAAGCAAGAAUUUCAUGAAUAAGUGUAAAGCAGGACGUAUCAGCUAUUUCAAUGCUUUUGUAGCGUGCGUGAAUGCGGCCGCCGUCAAGCUUUUGGUUGAUGCCGGGCUAGAGCCUGACAGAGAGGUCGUGCUUUUCCAUAAAGUGAAUGUACGCUUCCCUUGGCCUCGCCAGGAGUGGUGGACGGACAGAGACGAUGACGGCAACGAAGCCGAUGGCGACGACGAGGACGAUGACGAUGAAUACAGUUCGUCCGGCCAAGAAAGGUCAGCUAUUAAAGUGAGCACAGUUCCCAGCUCAUGGCAGACUUACUUCUGGAAAACAGCCCGAACAGUAAACAGCAAACAGUGGGAAGCAGCAGAAAUAGAGAAGCCUGAAGUGCCAAGGAAGAUAAGACCUCUGAAUGAGGAGGAAGUGGGCGAACAAGACGAAGGCCCCUGCGUCGCUGAUAUUCAUUUAUCCGUCCCGAACAUAACCGAGAUCUUCGAGUUUAGUGCACAGAGGCAGCUCUUCAAAGUAACUACCAUCAGGAAGCUGACGUUCGUUCACCAAUUCCUCAUGACCUUCAACAUCAACCUAUAUAUUGACGCCGAGAGUGGAAAUCUCGGUUUCUACCUCAAUCAUUCUACGGUGUUUAAUUCUAAGGCCGUAAAGAUCAGAUUUGCUGAACUCAUUUUGGCAGUUCUGAAAAGGUCCUUGCAGUUAUGAUCGAAGACUCCCAUAGGCUUCCGUAAAAAAUACGUAUGUUAAUAUAAGCAGUGUUAGAUAUUGCGUAUAUAAAUACAUCCAAACCAAAGGUAUAUAUAUAUAUAUAUAAAACGUAUUGUAAUUACUCAAAGUGCCGUGGAACCUGCAAGCAUUUAUUGUGCCUCAGAGGUCAUGGCUGUACACUCGUUCCUUCUUUGCACGUACAUGUAUCUCUCGCAUAAUAACCGUAUGUAUGUGAUAUUUAUGGUGCUAAAACUAUUGUUAAUAGAGUGAUUUUAUGCAGCACUUCACACGGUCUCUCUCUCUCUCUCUCUCUCUCUCUCUCUCUCCGUCUCCGUCUCUCUCUCUCUCUCUCUCUCUCUCUCUCUCUCUCUCUCUCUCUCUCUCUCUCUCUCUCUCUCUCUCUCUCUCUCUCUCUGUCUUGCUUGCUUUCUAUCUAUUUCCUGCUUUAUUCUCUCUUUUAGUAUCUCUCCCUUUCUUUCUCAUCCAUUCUGAAAUAAAUGCAUUUGAUUCUAUCAUCUGCUUUACAUAUAAAUCUUAAUUGUUACUUAAUGGCAACUCGGUGAACACUUGAUCUGAAAUAAUAAUUAUUGAAAUUUAUUUUUAAUACUGUUUAUUUAUGAAUUCUUUUGAGUAAAGAGACGUCACCAAAACUGCUGUUUGUUUUUGUAAAGUUUUUGUAAUGUGACCGUUUACAAUUAAACAAGAAGAAAAGGAA